GAGCUUCUCAUUUUUUAGCAAUUCUCAUUGCUAUGGUGUUUGGUGUUUAUACUUGUAUUUGCUCGCUUAAUUUUAUCCUUUUAUAAUUAAUAGCAUGUGUUACACUUAACAAAACUUUUUAUAAAUAAUUUAUUUGAAAGUUUAUCUAUGGGGGCUUGUUUUGGAUGUUGUUUACGGAAAACGAUAGGGAAACAAUCUCAUAGAAGUAAUUUUUUGCUGACUGAAAGUUCAAAUGAGAUACCUCAAGAUGAAGAAUUUUUUGAGCUGGAACAAAGAGCUGAAAGGAAACCAGAAACCCAGUCACCAAAGAGCACCACUACAUGUGAAGUAGUUAGACCAAACAAACUUACCUUUAAAAAACCACAUUUCACAUGGAGAAGAGUUGAUACUCAUGCAUCAGCUGGGACCAUAUUGCAUCAUGGCAACAUGAAGUCUCCAGCUGAUUCCAUCAUGCCACUGCUCCAUAGAGAAAGUUCUUUUGCCGAAACUUGCAGUUUUGCAGGAAGUCAAAAAUGGGAACAAAUAAGUGCUGGAGUCACUCCUGGAUCUUCUGUGGAUUUGGAGUGGGAAAAUGAAAUAGGUUUCAAUUCUUCAGCCAACUUUGGUGCUACGGAGGAGCUCCAAUGGAUGGUGCUAACAGAAAACACUAACAAUUCUUGGAGAUCAUCCCCUGUAUCAAACAGCAAUGGUUUGGAAUGGGAUGGUGACUUCACCAGUGUUGAUAUAUCAGAAAUAAUCACCGAAACACAAAGGUUGACCACUGAUCUAGAAGAUAAUGCAGAAAAAGACACAUCUAACAUUUCAUUCAGAGAUGCAGAAAACAACAAUUGAUUAUUUU